AAUGGUAUGAAAAUUGCAUAAAAAAACACGAGUGCCGACUAGUGAGUGAGAUUUCCAUUUUCCAACUUGAUAAUUCCGCGUUAGCUCAUUCUCAACUUCGAUUCUAUUUCAUUAAUUAAUCAAAAUCGCCAAAAAUUCUUUUCCACUUUCACUCUCAAAUCUCAAUUUUUCAAAAUCUGAAUCACACAGUUAGUUAAACACAAAUAACACUUCAGAUCUACGCUUUUGCAUUCUCACAACAGAAAAGGAAAAAAAGAAAAACAAAAUUAACAUUCAUUUUUCUCAGCGCCUUCAAAAUGGCGCGGAUACCCUUUUCUUCACUUUCCUUCACCUUCAUUUUCGUUAUAUCAAUUUUCAAUCUUGCACACUGCAAGACCCUUAAGCGUGAUGUUAAGGCUUUGAAUGAGAUUAAAGCUUCUCUUGGUUGGAGAGUAGUAUAUGCUUGGGUUGGAGAUGAUCCUUGUGGUGAUGGUGAUCUUCCUCCUUGGUCUGGUGUUACUUGUUCUACUGUCGGUGAUUAUCGUGUUGUGACUGAGCUUGAGGUGUAUGCGGUUUCAAUUGUUGGGCCUUUUCCUACUGCUGUUACUAGCUUGUUGGAUCUUACACGGCUGGAUCUCCACAAUAACAAGUUGACAGGGCCUAUUCCUCCUCAAAUUGGUCGGUUAAAGCGUCUUAAGAUACUAAAUUUGAGGUGGAAUAAACUACAGGAUGCAAUUCCUCCAGAAAUUGGGGAGCUUAAAAGUUUGACGCAUUUGUACCUAAGCUUCAAUAGUUUCAAGGGUGAAAUCCCCAAGGAGCUAGCAAAUCUUCCUGAUCUUCGUUAUCUUUAUCUUCAUGAAAACCGUCUGAUGGGAAGACUACCACCAGAAUUGGGCACUCUACAAAACCUUCGGCACUUGGAUGUUGGUAACAAUCAUUUGGUCGGGACCAUAAGGGAACUCAUUCGUAUUGAAGGCUGCUUUCCGGCAUUACGCAAUUUAUAUCUAAACAAUAAUUAUUUUACUGGAGGAAUACCUGCACAACUAGCCAACUUAUCCAGUCUUGAAAUCUUGUACCUGUCCUACAACAAAAUGUCAGGAAUUUUACCAUCUACCGUUGCUCAUAUUCCUAAAUUGACAUACUUGUACUUGGAUCACAAUCAGUUUACAGGGAGAAUUCCUGAACAUUUUUACAAGCAUCCAUUUUUGAAAGAAAUGUACAUUGAGGGAAAUGCGUUCCGGCCUGGUGCCAACCCUAUUGGUCUGCACAAAGUGCUUGAAGUUUCUGAUUCAGACUUCCUUGUUUAAUGAAACUUAAAAAGUGUUUAUUUUUUUUCUUCAGAAAGUCUAAGUGUAUAAUUAUUGAAACAAUAGUUCUUCGUAUCUCAAUGAAAUAGCCAAAAUAUAGUUAUUUCAAUUUUUGCCAAAGCUAUCUUUGUCAGUAUCAAUAAACAAUAGUUUCUUAAGUUUAUUAUUAUUUAUAUCUAAGUUCA